AUGUCUGUCCUGGAGACAAGGCAAUCCUCCACGGACACACUGCCUCUGUUGAAACCGGGGGACAAUUUCGACGUUUGGUACUCCCAAGCGAACGUUCAUUUGGCCUCCAUUGCGGCCAAAGACCGUGCGCGGUACAUAUGCCGCCAUCUCUCAACGGAGGCGCUAACAAAGGCCUCUUCUUUCGGGGUCAAGUUCGACACCGACGCGGAUUCGCUGUUGAGCGCCCUUCGGCGUGUUUUUGCAACGCCCAAGCCCCCAGUGGACGCGUACAGGCAGUUCUCGUCCCGUCUUCAGCUCCCUGGGAAGAGUGCCAGAGAUUAUUUAGGCUGCCUUCGCCCUUUGGUAUUGGCGGCCUUUCCUUACCAGCCAGCGAGCCUGGCUGAUGUUGUUCUGGCUGCGCACUUCCGCGCUGGUUUAUUGGACGAUAAUUUCCGGCGGAAAUUAAUCAAGAAGCCCAACUCAGCGUCUGAGGCUCUCUUAACCCUGGUGCAGGGGUAUGAGGAAAGCUACGGUCCCUCAGUCGCCGCGCCAUGUUAUUCCACCUCAGUCGCCCGGAAACGGCAGACUCGGUCAGUGGCGACCCAGACAUUCCGGAACUUCACACGUCCAUUCCGAGGUCGCCAGGUUCGCGUCGCACAAAUCUCCAGUGAGUCCUACACCGUUCCUGCUGUUACAUCUACCUCUGAUUUUCCUGCUCCCAUUGUUAACGCAACGGUUGUAGACAGGCGAGUGGCGUUUCUUGUUGACACAGGGGCAGCCUGCUCUUUGCUAAACCCCCAGGGUUUCACCCGCACCUGGCUACAACAGGCCGAAAUUUACCAUAGACAUCCCCGUACUGUAGCGGCGAACGGUAUGCCACUUUCCUGCUCGUCACUUGUAGACAUGCCAUUUCGCCUGGGCUCAUCUGAGUUUAGCCACCCCUUCUACGUCUGUCCAGAUAUUCAGUGGCAGGGUAUUUAG